UCUCGCGUGCGCGCGCCUCGCUACCAACUUUUCUUCUCUCAGCAGCUUGGAAAAAAAAAAGCUGUGCCCCCAGUCUCCGUAUCCCUCCGCCGCGCUCCGCUUCGAGAAGUAGUGCCCGCUUCAGUGAGCCCCUCAGAAACUCCGGCGGAGGAGACGGGAGAGACGGGGGGAAGAGGAAGACGACUGAGACCGGGGAGAAAAGUCCGUGAGGGAGGCAGAAAGGAGCCGGCAGAGGACGGAGGAGGACUGUGAGUGUGGAGGGGGAGAGUGAGCGGAGGAGUGCGAAGUGAUGAGUCCGCUCCCCUCACAACUUGCUCACAGCGAGUAGUUCUCCGCGGACAGGAGCUCACUCCGCGCCCCGCACUCACCGGACUUGGCGGAGGGAGACCCGCACAGGAAGAGCCCGGCUAGGGGGGAGGCCGGAAAAACUUCUCGGGGGGGAACGGAGCGGAGGAGGGCCGGACCGACAUGGAAGUGCAGAGCCUGCAGGAGGCCAUCCAAGUGGAGAUCCAGUGUCAUCAGAAGCUGGCGGUCCGGAGCUGUCCUGUGGGGAGUGCCAAACCGAUCCCACUUAUCAAGGCACCAAGCAGUCAGGGCAUUGCCAUCUCUGUGGUUCCGAACAAAGCCCCCGUCACUAUGGUGACUGCACACCUAAAUGGACAGAAGACGGCGACGGCUUCAGCAGCCUCGGCAAACAUCGCAGAACCUCCACAGACUGCCCCCAUUAACUUACAGACAACCAGCAAACUGGUGGGAGGAACCUUAAACAUGGCAGCGAGAAGAGUGUCAGAGAUGCCCCAUGCACAGACGUUGGGAACCAUUACUGCAGUGCCAAUUAAAGUCCCUCAGGUCAGCUCCUUGCAUAGAUUGGCAGGACACAGACCAGCAGUGCUACCUCAGGUUAGGCCAAAGACCCUGAUUCCAGAUAGUCUCCCCAUCUCCCUGUACAGAGACCAGCCUUCAAAGCAGCCCACUACAUUUCAAAAGGCCUCAGUAGUCAGCAUCAAAAACCCCAGCCCAGCCCUUCCAACUGCCAACAAUACCGUCAGCCGCCUCCAGGCUUCCAAUGGCCAAUCGCAGAGCUCGACAGAACCCACCAUCUCCUCCCCUCUGAGUAGUGGAGGAGUGGCCUACGCCAUUAUAUCAACAUCGCCCAGCAAUGCAAACCCAAUCAACACCAGCACUGUGUCUGUGGUUAAUGAUGGUAUCAAAGUUCAGCCACUCCUUAUUAGCGCUGACAGCAAGGUGAUCAUCAUACAACCUCAAGUUCAGAGCCCACCAGAAUGCAAAACAGUAAGAAAGAAGCAUUGUGUAGAACUGCCUCAGGGACCCCCAGCUACCAAAAAGAAAAAGGAGGAAAAUCCAGAGAAAAUUGCCUUCAUGGUAGCAUUAGGCCUAGUUACAACAGAACACUUAGAAGAGAUCCAAAGCAAACGACAUGAGAGGAAAAGGAGAAGCACAGCCAACCCGGCCUACAGCGGCCUUUUAGAACCAGAGCGGAAACGCCUUGCCUCAAACUAUUUGAGUAACCCGUUCUUAACAGGGAAAGCCAUUAUGGAUUCCAGUUGGAAGGAUGAGAUCAUUCACGAUGAACACUGCUCAGCAUGCAAACGUGGCAAUAACUUGCAGCCCUGUGGAACCUGCCCAAGAGCUUACCAUCUAGACUGCUUAGACUCACCUGUGAAAAUAGCACCCAAGGGGGUCUGGAUGUGUCCUAAGUGCCAGCAAAAGGUAUUAAAGAAGGAGACAGUGCCAUGGAGUGGAGCUGUUGCUAUCGUCCAGUCCUAUGUAACACAUAAAUCAGUGAAAGAAGAGGAAAAAAGAAAGUUAUUGAAGAAAGGUAAUGAGUUAAAGAAUGAACAGAGACAGCUAGAAGAUCAAGAGAGACUUCUGAGAGAAGCUAUAAAGAAAUGCUCAGAGCUGAAGAAUAGCUUGCUGGCACAGCAGAGAGGAACUCAGUCAUCACUGGAACGCCUCAAAAGUCUCAUUAGACUGAUACAAAACGAACAGAUGCUUCAGGUUACCAUGACAACCACGACCACCUCCUCCUCCUCAUCCUUGCUAACUGUCCCCUGGAUCAAACCCUCUUCCGCCACCCCUGCUUUACACAAAGGCCUGCAGCAGCCUCAGACCAACAACUGACAUAGCCAGAUGGAACAAUAACUUUAAGCAAAUUUUGCCAAGAAGGAAUACACGAGAAUAAAAAAAAAUGAAAGGACUGCCUGUCAUUUUGUACUCUACAAGUACACGCUCAUCAACCGAACUCGCAAACGCAUUAACGUGGGUUGUGACAGCGGCAAUAGCGAAGAGACCAAGGCGUGCUACGCUACAUGCCAACACCUUCAGUGCUUAUGAGUUUUUUCAUUUUACUUUUUUUGGCCUUAAUAACUUAUGGAUUGUUAUAAUGAAAAAAAGCAGAAAAGAAAAACUAAGUGAAAUAAUGGGCCAAACUAAAGCAAGAGUCACGGGGAAAGUUGGAUCUUGCUUAAAUCAGUUCAGCUUUUUGUUCUUAUGUCAGAAGGCUGAAAUAUGGUAGUUAGUACGAAUGGGGCUUCAGGACUGUAUUUGGGGGUUGUGGGUAGAUAAUGGAAAAAUGGUAGUUUUUCUUUCGGACUCCAAAUAGCCCUUUGACGUGAAAAUUGCCACAUGUAUUCAGGUUCAUUGUCUAAGGGGCUUCUUUUUUAAAACAAAUAAGGGGUAAUGUUAGAAACUACUCCGAGCCUUUAAACAAAAAAGAUUUUUUUUCAGUAUUAAUACAGCUGAUAUAUUAAGAGAAAACUGUAUAAACUUAGCGUUUCUAGUGGGAUAUCGAAGUAUUUUCAUGCCGAUGCUUGUGUAUACGCUCGACUAUUUAUCAAAAAACGACUGUACAAUUCCUUAACUUCAUUAAGGUUCUUUAUACUUAUUUUGCUAUUGAUGUCUGUCAUGCAGCUUUUUGUUUUCAUUUCCUUCUUUGAAAGAUAUAAGACAAAGUGAGUAACUUUGCUAGAGCGACUUAUUUUACAUUUUGGUAAAGAAGAAUUUCUUGCUCUUUCUUAUUUUUUAAACAGAUAUUUUUAUUUCUCUCUUUUUUUUUCCUUUCUUUUGCCAGCACAGACAAUAUGCCAAAAAAAACCUUAACCUUU